AUGCAUAAGAAGAUCGAAAUAACAUUGUGCUCGAUUUCAUAUUUCUAUAAUGUCCAAUAAUAAAAUAAUUAUCUUUUAUUUGAUUUUUCUCUUCCAGACAAGUAAGCUGAACUCAUAUUUUUAGUAACAAAUAAUACAAGGCAAUAAAAGUUGAUUAAAAUAAACUGAAAGAUGCAACUAAAUUGGACCAGGCCCUUGAUAUUACGUAAAUACAUUUAUCAUAUAAUAGGCUUGAACAAAAUAAACUGUUAGAGAAGAAAAGAAGAGCCUAUAAUUUUAUUCUUCCAUUUAAACAACCCAAUUGCAUCACUUCUCAUUUGACUUAAUUAGUGACGUAGUCGGAUGGCUUAUCAUUAAAUUUAGAGUCUGACAAUUUUUUUGAUAUUCUACUAGAAUACAAGAACUUAGAUAAGCUGAUUAUUAAUGAUAGCAUAGUGGAAAAUUUGAAAAUUUUUCAUUAUCUUUUAUGUAAGGAAUUAGUUAGGGAAAUAUAUAUUAUAUGUGAAUCCUAAGAAAAUCUAGUUUCUCGUAUUCCUUUUUGUUAUAAGAACUUUGAAUUCAGUUUACCCAACGAGAUAAUUGAGAAUUAACUUUACUUAGGUAAUAGUAAUCACGCCAACAAUCUCAAGGCUUUGAAUCUUUUAGGAAUCACUCACGUUGUUAAUUGUGCCAAAGAAAUACCGAAUUAUUUCAAUGAUGUGUAAUAAGAGAAUAAGGAUUCCAUUAAAUACUUCUAGGUUCCAGUUUUGGACUUAGAAGAAGAACCAAUUUCUGAUCAUUUUGACGAGGCUUACAUUUUUAUGAAUGAGGCCCUGAAUUAGAAGGAAAAUAAGGUAAUAUAUCAUUUUCUAUAAUUUUUAGGUGCUGGUUCAUUGUGCUUAAGGAAAGAGCAGAUCAGCAACAAUUGUAUUAAUGUUCUUAAUGAGAAAUAAACAAUGGACUUUUGAUUAAGCUUAUGAAUAUGCAAAGAAAAGAAGAGAAAUUAUUUCCAUAAAUGAUGGCUUUUAAUUUCAACUAUUACAGAUUUGA